AUGCAUCGACGGGCAGACUCCAAGCGAGGCUUGGGCUCUUCUGGCGCAAGUCAGGCUCCUCAUGUUGGCGGUGAAUGGAAGGGGUCCAGCAGGAGCGACGCAAACGGCUAUGGCUAUGGCUACAGCGACUCCCCCAAUGCCACUUCAAGCCGGACAAUACUGGGUCGAGACGCUUCGCAAGAUUUUCCCCGCGCUCCCUCGGCUUGGGCGCAGGACAGGACCAGAUACGAUCAUGCUUCUGGAUCUACGCAUGUCGCUGGGCUCGAACAGCGCAGCGCAGCGGGCGCAGGAUAUUUUGCAAGUCACUCAAACGGCGCUGCAAUUUCCGAUGUGGACCUCACCAGACCUGCAGUGCGCCAUGCCGAGGGCGAAUGGGAGAGGGGAGGCACGACGCCGGGCAUUCACGUAUCGGAUGCAAAUGGCGUCAUGGGAGACUAUGGGAUGCACAAUGCGCAUCGGCACUCGACCUCCGGAGAGCAGCAGGAUCAAGCAGGUGGAUGGAAUGCUAUCGCCUCCAAAGCUGGGCCGCUUUCGCCUCCUGAGCCGAGGAGGGGAGGUAGGACUGGGAGCUACGUGUCGGGCAUAGACAGACCUCCCACGACCAUCUCUUUUGACGAUGACGAGUGGGCUUCGCAGUAUGACGACGAGCGAAGGAACAAGGACGUGAAGGCGCCUUCGAGCGGUGCUGCUGCCGCGUUCUAUGGCAGUAGAUCACAACAGGGCGUCGGAGCAGGAGGAGGUGGAUCCAGAUUGGAACCUUCGCGAUCCAUCAUGACGCACCCGACCAUGGGCACGCGAGGCCAAGGAACGCGCACUGCGCUAGGCAUGGCUUCCUCCUCGCGUGCAUCGCGUUACUUUGGCUGGUUUCCGCGAAGUCUUCCCAUCCAGCUCUUUCUGCUCGUCACGCUUCUAGAGUCGACGGUGGACAUUUCCAUAGAAGCUGUCUUGCUCAGUCGCUUCCAAUCGCAAGAAGGGAGCAUCGUGGGACCCGGUGCGGAUGGCAGACAACCUGCUCUGCCAGUAUUCGUCAUGGUCUUUUGCUUGGCUCACGUUUAUCAGAGCGCACUCGCCGUCGAUGCUGUCGUCAAUAGGAACUCUAUUCUCGUCUUUGGACUGGUACUAUUCAACAUUGCUUUCUUCGUCUAUUCCUUGAUACAGAUCUCUGAGAUCCGUCAAGUGUUGGGCACAGGCGUGGUAGAAGGAUCGGGUCAGACUGUGCCCGUUCAGGUCCUGACGACGGCCAUCCCGGUCAUCGUGGGCACUUCUGCGGGCGUGCUGAGCGUCUUGAGCUGGUACAUCUACAGAGACUUUGGCUGGGAAGUCUAUAGGAACAUUGUAGGCGCGGAUAGGGAUUUGAAGAGAGCGCACAUGAAUUAUCAGGUCUUUGUCGCACUUUUGAUGUUGGAGGGCCACGAUGCAGAGUACUGGCUGACCGUCAUAGCGGUGCCCUUUUCACUCGUCAUUUUGGGCUUUGCUUGGUACUGCGCUAGGAGGGAACUCAAGUGGGGCAUGGUUGUCUUUAUGAGCUUGAUUCUUUGUGCUGGGGCUUAUUUCACAUACAAGCUUUUCCGAAUCUGGCAAGGCCGGAAGGGGGCGUACCUGGAGGUGUACAAAAGCUUGACAGUGUUCUCCGUGCUGGCUAUUGCGCUAGUGCUGGCGACAGUCUGGUCGGCCAUGAUGUGUUUGCGAAAAUUCAACUGUGGUCUACGCAACGCCAUCGACCGGGCAGCUCUGGAGCGCAAAAAGUCCUCUUCAGGUCAUGCGGGACCGCUGUACGGCCCAAAUGGGAGCAACGAAGCUCAGAGGCAGAACAGCAAAUCCGCAGCUAGCUACUUGUCGCGCAAGUUUAGCAAGGCUACCACGCUCGACAACUUUGGCGCUGCUGCUGCUACUGGUGCUGCUGGUCCUGAUCAUGGCAAAGCGGGCAUGCACGAACUGAACAGUCGGAGCGAUGUGCAGCUGCCCAUGCAGCAAAUGCAAAAGACGAACCGGCUAAGUCUGGAUUGA